AUGAACACCACUACAUUCCUUCUCUUCGCACUCUUGCUCAGUGUGAACACACUUCUGUCUGUUGAAGCCAAGUCUAUCCAACGGAAACUCACCAAGAAGGCCACCAAGAAGGCUGCUGUUCCUACUCCUCCACCAACACCAGCCCCAACACCAUUCCCCACACCAGCCCCAACACCUCCUCCAACUAUGAUGGCCACAGUGGCAGCCACUGCCGCGGCCACUGUCGCAGCAGCUGGUCUUGAUGACGAUGAUAUGUGGGAUGAUGACGCGGAUGAUGAUCUUUGGGACGAUGACAUGUGGGACGACGAUGCUGAUGACGAUGAUUGGUCAUCGACGGACUAG